GUUUCCUUUUGGCAGUGGCUGGGGAUGGGAGUCUUGGGCAGGGGAAGUCCCGUACCGAGACAGGGCCAGCCCCUCUUCCUUCAGCCGCCCUGGCACAGCGAGGCCGCCCAGGUCCCCAGAGGCCGCUGUACCACACAUCUACCCUCCAUCUGAGCUGAGCAGCCCUCCUCCUGAGCCCUUCAGGAGCCACUUUGCAAGCCCCGUGCGCCGUGAGGCUGGCAUGCAGGAUGGCCGGACAGCCCAGCCACAUGCCCCCUGGAGGGAGCCCGAACAACCUCUGCCACAGCCCAGGGCCUGCCCAUGCCCCGGACCCACAGAGGCACCCAAACACCCUGUCUUUUCGCUGCUCGCUGGCCGACUUCCAGAUCGAGAAGAAGAUAGGCCGAGGACAGUUCAGUGAGGUGUACAAGGCCACCUGCCUGCUGGACAGGAAGACGGUGGCUCUGAAGAAGGUGCAGAUAUUCGAGAUGAUGGACGCCAAAGCCAGGCAGGACUGUGUCAAGGAGAUUGGCCUCCUGAAGCAACUGAACCAUCCCAACAUCAUCAAGUACUUGGACUCGUUUAUUGAGGACAAUGAGCUGAACAUUGUACUAGAGCUGGCCGACGCGGGGGACCUCUCGCAGAUGAUCAAGUACUUUAAGAAGCAGAAGCGGCUCAUCCCCGAGCGGACGGUGUGGAAAUACUUCGCCCAGCUGUGCAGCGCCGUGGAACACAUGCAUUCCCGCCGUGUGAUGCACCGAGACAUCAAGCCCGCCAACGUGUUCAUCACAGCCACGGGGGUCGUGAAGCUUGGUGACCUUGGCCUGGGUCGCUUCUUUAGCUCCGAGACCACCGCAGCCCACUCCCUAGUGGGGACACCUUACUACAUGUCGCCGGAGAGGAUCCACGAGAACGGCUACAACUUCAAGUCUGACAUCUGGUCUCUGGGCUGCCUACUGUAUGAGAUGGCAGCUCUCCAGAGCCCCUUCUAUGGAGAUAAAAUGAACCUCUUCUCCCUCUGCCAGAAGAUCGAGCAGUGUGACUACCCGCCUCUCCCUGGAGAACAUUACUCGGAGAAGUUACGGGAACUGGUCAGCAUGUGUAUCUACCCCGACCCCAACCAGAGACCCGACAUCGGCUACGUGCACCAGGUGGCCAAGCAGAUGCACGUGUGGACCUCCAGCACCUGA